GUUCAUUGAAUUAUAAAAAAGUAUAACAACUGUGUUGUAUUCUACAUUCAAAUCAGACCCAAAAUGGAAAAUUACAGAAAUCUAGUUGGUUCCAAUUAAAAUUAAUGAGUAACAAAAUUUUUGUAAUUAUGUAAUUUUUUUUGUUCAAAAUGAAAUUUUUAAAAUUAUUUUUGAAUAAUUGUGUUCCUCGGGGUGUAACAUUUUUGAGAAUUGCAAGACCUUACUCUCAAGGGCCGCCAACCAUUGAAAAUCAAGAUGAACCACCCUUGGAUGGAAAUAAGAAAGGCUUGGUGGUGGGGGUGUACGAGUCGGACGGGCAGUUCGAGCUGACAGAGGUCGCCGCGGAGAUCGACCAGAAGUCGGAGGGCAAGCUGAGCCAGCAACUCUCUGAACUAUCGUGCCAGCUGAAGCUGGGCCGGGCCUUCGCGAUCACGGGCGUUGAGGGCUACAGCGCCGUCGCGCUCGCCAGCUUCGGGCCCAAGGACGCCUGCUUCAACCGAAUGGAGAUGCUGGACGAGUCAAAGGAGAAUGUCCGCUGGGGAGUGGGCGCGGGCGUACGACUGCUGCAGUCGCGGGGGUGUGGGGUUGUGGAGGUGGACGGCGGCGGGCAGCCGGACGCCGCAGCUGAGGCGGCACAACUAGCCGCUUGGAGAUUCCAAGAGUUCCGGUCGUGCAAGGAGCCUCUCGUGCAGCUGCGGCCGCGCGCGGCGGCGCCGGGCUGGGCGGCGGGCGCGGCGCGCGGUGCGGCGCAGAACUGGGCGCGCUUCCUGGCCGACAUGCCCGCCAACAAGAUGACGCCCAUCGACCUGGCGCAGGCGGCCCUCGACGUCCUUUGCCCUCUGGGUGUGGUGGUGGAGGCGCGCGAUCGCGAGUGGAUCGAGACUCAGGACAUGCGUGCCUUCCUCACAGUAGCUCAAGGCUCUUGUGAAGAACCCGCCUUCUUGGAAUGUCGGUAUACGGGGGCCAAGGAAGGCGCUCCGCCUGUAUUGCUGGUGGCGAAAGGCGUCACGUUUGACAGCGGCGGCCUUUGCCUGAAGGACGCAUCACUAAUGUGUGAGAACCGCGGCAGCAUGGCCGGCGCUGCUGUCGUGCUAGCCACUCUCAAGAUACUCGCUACUCUCAAGACGCCGAUCAACGUGGUGGCCCUGAUCCCGCUGUGCGAGAACAUGAUCAGCGGCCAGUGCAUGAAGGUGGGCGACGUGGUGCGCGCGCUCAACGGCGUCAACAUACAGAUAGAAGAUACGGAUAUGGAGGGUCGGCUGAUGUUGGCCGACACGCUGGUGUACGGACAGACUAUCUACAAGCCCGCACUAAUCAUAGAUGUCGCUACUUUCACGCGCGGCGUGCUGCUGGCGACGGGCGGCGGCGCAUACGGCUGCUUCAGCAACAACGAGGCCGCGUGGCGCGUGUUGCAGCGCGCGGGCGCGCGCGCGGGCGACCGGCCCUGGCGCUUCCCGCUCUGGGGCUACUACCGCCGGCAGCUCGUCGAUGAUCCCUCUGUGGACCUGAGAAACAAGGGCUCGGGAUCGGCCACUUCUUGUCUUGGCGCAGCUUUUCUUCAACGCUUCGUGUGCUGCGACUGGAUGCACGUGGACGUGACGGGGGUGGGCAAGGUGGCGCACUCGGCCCCGCCCUACCUCCGCAAGCACCGCAUGUCCGGGCGCCCCACGCGCGCGCUGGCGCUGGCGCUCGAGGACAUCGCCGCUGACGCCGGGGAGAAAACCGAAGAGUAACAAUACUGAGACCGUAGUGCGACUUUGCAUCUCACAAUCGAGUCUAUUCGCAGUCAGUGAGUAGCUAGCCACAAUUUGAUUGGUUGUUCUACGAAUCGAUUCGAUAGUGACAAGUGAAAUGCAAACCCGCACUAUGACUUCGAAUCGUACUUUUGAAACUAUAGAUUAUACUGAGUCUAAGAGUAGACAAUAAAAGAGGGUGCUGUAUCUUCUUGACUGACAAUUUUCGACUUCUUUGUAUCAUACACAAUGGACGGUUGCAAUUCAGUGUUUAGAUAAUCGUUGAAACUAUUAUAUAAUGACAUUUUGUUUUGCGAAUCAUAUUAUCCAUUUUAACUAGAAUUUCAUACUAAAUACUCUCAAAAAUUAUCUAAACGCUACCUAUACUAUAAGUUUUUUAAUAAUUUGAAUUUUUUGAGUGGUCUGGUCUCAAGCCUAAUUUUCAUAAACUAGUGGCGCAAAAAUGAUUACCGUCAAUUUCGUCAGUUUCACGUCUACACGUCAAGUUUUUACGUGAAACCAAUACAUGCAUUUCUAAAACUGUCUCGCUACUACUCUAAAUGAAAAUUAGGCUUUUCCAGAAUCACGCUCAUAUUAAGUUUAAAAGUUCUGCUUAGGCAUCUUUAUAUUACUUCUGAAUUUAGGUGUCUCGUAAUAUUUAAUGUCAUUAAUUACAAGUCUGGUAAGAAUCUAGUCUCGUUUGAGGACACUGACAAGAAUGUGUGUAAAAAAUAUAGAAUAUCAAAGAUAUGGUUUAGUUUAGGGUAAAAUGUCCGAUUGGAAAUAUAGGUAUACUUCAAAAUUAGAAAUAUAAUUACACGAAGCGUUUGUGAAAAACAAACACGUAUCGGACAGAGUCAAAUCACAAUGUGUCAGUCCGGCUACAAUAACAUUUCUAUGAAAAUCAUGUAAUUUUUCUCAGCUGUUUUGUAUAUUGUGCAGUUUUUUUAUCUUUUGAAAUAAUUAAAAUCAUUUAUACAGA